AUGCAAAGUAUUCUCCAAUUACCUCCUGAACCAUUGGGAGUGAUUUGUUCGUUUAUUUGUGAUGAACCCGAAUUAAUUAAAUCCUUCAUGAUUACUAAUAAGGAUUGGUAUUAUAAUUUAUAUAUGGAUGAGAAUUCUAAUAUUUGGGCAGAGAUUGUAACAUACCGAGCAGAUAAGAAUAUUUUGGAACAAUUUAUGAAGGAAAAGCAAGAUCGUUCCUAUAGAGAAUUAGUAUUUUCUAUUUGGAAUGAAAUGUCUGGUUAUGGAGGGAAUUCAUUAUUUGUUUUCAAGAAUAAUGAAAAUGGUAAUUUAGCUCAACAAGUAGGAAUGCAAGUAAAAUUUGAUGAUGAGAUGGCAAAUAGAUUUAAAGGAACUGAUGGGUUUACAGUUGAAAUGUGGAUUAAUUUUAAAUUGCAUACCUUCUUUCCAGUCAUGUGUUGUUUAACUGAUAGAGAUUGGAAUAAUGGUUUUGGAUUAUUUGAAUAUACAAACGGAAACAAUGAAGAAAAUCCAAAUACUAUUAACAUGUUUGUACAAGAUUGGUAUCAAGAUCCAAAUUAUUUCACUACAGCUCCAAUUCCAGAUGUGAAUGAAUGGAAUCAUUUUGCUGGAGUUUUCAGUUAUGCAGAUAAUACAGUCAGGAUUUAUAGAAAUGGUCAAUUGAUAAAUUGUAAAACAAUUACUGAUCAUAAUAUUCAAAUAAGUUCAGAUAUGAAUUUGGUGAUUGGUUUUUCUGAUUAUUCAGGUGAUAUUUCUUAUCAUGUUAUUGGUGAAUUUAAUGACAUUAGAGUUUGGAAUGUGGCUCGAUCUGAUACUGAAAUUUCAGAAUAUUACAAUAAGAGAAUUACAAAACUAAACUUUUUGAAUGAGAAAGAGUAUGAAGGAUUAGUUUUCAAUUUUUAUCCAUCAGUGGAGGAUACUAAGGAAAAUAUCAAGAACAAAUCACCAAAUCCAGAAUACAGAAUUGAGAAGUAUGAUAUUGUAGAUAAUGCAGCAACAGAUAUUGCAACCUCUGAAGUUGAUAAAAUGGGGAAAAGUCUACUUUCUAAAAUGUGGUCGAGUGCCUAUUCCACAAUAAAGAAGGUUUUCAAAUAA